CCUAUAUGAAUAUUUCCACAUUAUCCGCAAACAGUUUACAUUUUCGACAUUACAGUUAGCAACAUUUGUAUUUUUUAGAAAGAAAUUUUCUUUCAUUGGCUAUUUGAUGGAAUUCGGUGUGAAUCUGUGAUAAACUCGUUUUUUUUAGUUACAGUGGAGACCAAAAUAAUUUGGACGCAGCUAAGUUCAGAGUGUAACUGAUAGUCCAAUGAGAGAACGAAUCAGUCAAAAAUAAGUUCUCUCGUUGGAUCAUCAGCUGCGAUCUGAACUUGGCUGCGUCCAAACCGUUUUGCAUUCCACUGUACACCGUAUCACACUUUUUGCGGAAUAAGUAACCUAAAACACACAAUUUGAAUGAUUAUUUUAAUUCGAUAAAUAUAUGCAAAUUAGACAAAACAAUAUAUAAAAAUGGCAGGAGGAAAAAAUGCUCAAGCUGGAUUUCAACCGGAUUCCGAUGUUCAUAUUACGUAUGAAGAUCAACAGAAGAUUAAUAAAUUUGCAAGGCAAAAUGCUAAAUUGGAAGAUUAUAAAGAAGAACUCAAAAUCAAGCAGAAUGAAUUGAAAAAUUUGGAAGAUGCUGCAGAUGAAUUAGCUCUUAUGGAUGAUGAUGUGACAAUACCAUAUUACAUAGGAGAAGUAUUUGUUCAUCAGGAUCUCGAAAAGACACAGAACCAUUUGGAUGAUGCUAAGGAGAAGAAAAAAGCAGAAAUUGCAGGUUUGGAAAAUAAAUGCACAGAUUUGAAGACUAUUAUGACAGAAUUGAAAACACAAUUGUAUGCAAAAUUUGGUAGUCGUAUAAAUUUGGAAGCAGAAGAAGAUUAACCUUUUCAAUGCAUGAUACAUUUAUUUCUAUUAUAUUUAAUA